UACAAAUAGGACACGUCACGGCACAGGUCAGCCACGCCUCCCCUUCCCCCCCAUUCUACUCCACCACUCCACUCCCCAAUCCAACCACCCCCCGAACAACCGGAGAAGAGAGGCUGCACUCCACUCGCCGCCGGCGACCGAUGCUCCGCGCCGCCCUCCUCCGCUCAGGCUCCGGCCUCCGCCGGCCUCCCAUGGCCGCGCCGCUCUCCACCGCCGCCGCCGCCUCGUGGCUCUCCGACAGCGCCUCGUCUCCGCCUAGGGUGCGCCUCCUCAUCGGCGGGGAGUUCGUCGAGUCGCGGGCCGACGAGCACGUCGACGUCACCAAUCCGGCGACGCAGGAGGUGGUGUCGCGGAUCCCGCUCACCACCGCCGACGAGUUCAGGGCCGCCGUGGACGCCGCCAGGACCGCCUUCCCCGGGUGGCGGAACACGCCGGUGACCACGCGGCAGCGCAUCAUGCUCAAGUACCAGGAGCUCAUCCGGGCCAACAUGGAUAAACUGGCAGAGAACAUUACAACCGAACAGGGGAAGACACUGAAGGAUGCUUGGGGCGAUGUAUUCCGUGGGCUAGAGGUGGUGGAACAUGCUUGUGGAAUGGGGACACUGCAGAUGGGUGAAUAUGUAUCAAAUGUUUCUAACGGGAUUGACACCUUUAGCAUUAGGGAGCCACUUGGUGUAUGUGCUGGAAUAUGUCCAUUCAAUUUUCCAGCUAUGAUCCCCCUAUGGAUGUUCCCAAUAGCGGUCACUUGUGGCAAUACUUUUGUUCUAAAGCCAUCAGAAAAAGAUCCAGGGGCUGCUAUGAUGCUUGCGGAGCUAGCAAUGGAGGCUGGUUUACCAAAGGGUGUGUUGAACAUUGUUCAUGGUACCCAUGAUGUUGUGAACAACAUUUGUGAUGACGAGGACAUCAAGGCAGUUUCCUUUGUUGGUUCCAAUAUAGCUGGUAUGCAUAUAUAUUCUAGAGCAUCGGCAAAGGGGAAGCGUGUUCAGUCUAAUAUGGGUGCAAAGAAUCAUGCAAUUAUCCUUCCUGAUGCUGACCGAGAUGCCACACUGAAUGCCCUUAUUGCUGCUGGUUUUGGUGCUGCUGGGCAAAGGUGUAUGGCAUUGAGCACUGCUGUUUUUGUUGGAGGUUCAGAGCCAUGGGAGGAUGAGCUAGUCAAACGUGCAAGCAGCCUUGUGGUUAAUUCAGGAAUGGCUAGUGAUGCAGACCUUGGUCCAGUGAUCAGCAAACAGGCUAAGGAACGUAUCUGCAAAUUAAUACAAAGUGGUGCUGAUAAUGGUGCUCGUGUGCUGCUUGAUGGAAGAGAUAUUGUGGUUCCUAACUUCGAGAAUGGUAAUUUUGUUGGUCCAACACUCCUUGCUGAUGUUAAAAGUGAAAUGGAAUGUUACAAGGAGGAGAUUUUUGGUCCAGUUCUUCUCUUGAUGAAGGCUGAGAGCCUAGAUGAUGCUAUCCAAAUUGUGAACAGAAACAAAUAUGGCAAUGGAGCAUCCAUAUUUACAACAUCUGGUGUGUCUGCAAGGAAAUUUCAAACAGACAUUGAAGCUGGCCAGGUGGGCAUCAACGUGCCGAUUCCAGUACCCCUGCCGUUCUUCUCCUUCACCGGCAGCAAAGCCUCCUUUGCAGGAGACUUGAAUUUCUACGGCAAGGCGGGCGUGCAGUUCUUCACCCAGAUCAAGACGGUCACGCAGCAGUGGAAGGAGUCGCCGGCUCAGCGCGUCUCCCUCUCCAUGCCCACCUCGCAGAAGUGAGGUGAAAAAAAAGAAAGGCAUCUUGUACGUUCUUCAUUUGCCCAUCCAUGGAAAUAGACACAUGCACCAAUGCGAAAUGAACAGAAGAAUAAUCGAUAGGCGCGGGAUGCCAUGCCAUGCCAAUAAAGGUAGCUGGUCUCGUAUUUGCAUAUGCCUCAUUUCAAGCAUUUGCGAAAUGAGGUUAUCUAGAUUUGUAUGGCUCAUUUCAAGCA